AUGGAGGGAAAUGUACAGCAGCAAAAAAAUACUCCUUUAGGCCGGGAACUGCAGAGAACAUUUAGCAGCUACAACAAGCACUCCAUACAGCUGAAGAAAAACUUGAAGGAGACCAAUGUGUUCUUCAGAGAAAUAAGGCAAAACUACAGCAAUGCAUGUGCAGCAACCAUAAGCUCAGAUUCAGCAUUCCUGGAGGCAGGCCAGCUUAGCUGCAUCUCUUUCCCAAGUCAUGAGGAAGAGUUCCUGCGCAACACGGUGGGAGCUGCUCCGUACAUCCUGGUGCUCGGCCAGGACUGCGCCGCCCGCUACCAGCUGCUCAACUGCCUGCUGGGGGAACGGCUGCUGCCUCUGGGUGCAGAGGCCGGAGAGGCCUGCAGUGGCGUCCACGGCAUUGUCUGCAAGCGGAGGAAGCUGUGUUUUACUCACGGCAGACAGACGCGGCUCAGCUUGGCGCUGCCUGGCCAAUAUGAGCUGGUCCACCAGUUGGCUGCAAACCGUGGUCGCUGGGAUACGGUUCCCAGGGAGGACCUGGAAAUCCACGAGGAGUGUGAGGACCCAGCCCACAGACUAGCAGAGCUGGAAAUCACCCUGCAUCACCCUCUGCUUCAGGAAACAAAGGUCAUGGUGGUCCCCUGUCCGAGCGUCCAGCCCAUAGAAGAGGCCCUGGAAGACUGCACUCGCAACGUCGUAACUGUCAUCCUCUACGCCAUCAACCAGGACUCUCUCAGCUCGGAGCAGGUGGCCGACCUGCGGAAGGUCAAAGAGCUGCUCUCGUUUCCCAUUUGUUUUCUCCGCAUCCCUGAUUCCACGCUAACGGCCUCCCCAGAGUCCGGCUGCCGGGCGGAGAAGGAGAGGGAGAAAAGCAUUCUCCACAAGCAGCUGCUCUCGCUCGGCUUCCUGAACACUCAGACCGGACACUGUUCCUGUGGAGCCCCUACGCAGACUUCCGCCCCAGGGGCUAAGCCCCAGAGCAUGCUGGUAGAAUCUUUCGAAAGGCUGCAUCGGCUGCUGGUGCCGUUCGCUCGCCAAGUUCUCCAGAACCAACAAGUAGAAGCAGCCAACCUGCUUAAUGGGCUUCACUGUCGAUGUCUUGACCUUUUCAUCAACCAGGCCUUCGACAUGCAGAGGGACCUGCAGAUAACUCCCCGCAGGCUGGAGUACACUCGUGAGAAAGAGGGUGAACUCUUCAGCUCUCUGAUGGCCAUCGCAAAUCGAAAGCAGGAGGAGAUGAAGGAGAUGAUCGUGGAGACCCUCAGCAGCAUGAAGGAGCAGUUGCUGGAGGAUGCAGCCAAUCUGGAGUUUACAGACAUCAUUGUAACGACCAAUGGAGAGCCUGUUACGUCAAAGGAAAUAACGUCCUGCAUCCACUUGAUCCAGGAGCUGAUCGUGCUGCGUUUGAAUCAGGCGGUGGCGAAUAAGCUGAUCAGCUCUGUGGACUAUCUGAGGGAGAGCUUUGUGGGAACUCUGGAGCGAUGCCUCGAAAGUCUGGAGAAGUCCAAUUUUGAUUCCUCUGCGCACAAUGUUACCUCUGAGCAUCUAAAACAGUUACUUAAUGCUGCCUAUCAUGUGGAGGUCACCUUUCAUUCAGGAUCCUCUGUGACUAAACUGGUCUGGGAGCAAAUCAAACAGAUAAUCCACCGGAUAACGUUGGUGAACCCUCCUGCCAUCACACCAGAGUGGAAGCGGAAAGUCGCCCAGGAUGCGAUAGAAAGUCUGAGCGCUGCCAAACUGGCCCGGAGCAUCUGCUCCCAGUUCAGAACCCGGCUGAACAGUUCCCACGAGGCCUUCGCAGCGUCUUUACGCCAGCUGGAGGAAGGCCACACGGGCCGUCUGGAGCGCACUGAGGACCUGUGGCUGCGUGUGAGGAAGGACCACGCCCCGCGGCUGGCCCGGCUGUCGUUAGAGAGCCGCUCCCUGAGGGACGUGCUGCUGCACGGCAAGCCUAAGCUUGGCCGGGAACUGGGCCGAGGCCAGUAUGGAGUGGUGUACCUGUGUGACAACUGGGGAGGACAUUACCCAUGUGCCCUGAAGUCUGUGAUUCCUCCUGACGACAAACACUGGAACGACUUGGCUUUAGAGUUUCACUACACCAGGACUCUGCCCAAGCACGAGCGGCUGGUCGACCUGCACGGCUCAGUGAUCGAUCACACCUACGGAGACGGCUCCAGCAUCGCCGUGCUGCUUAUCAUGGAGCGACUGCACAGAGAUCUCUACACCGGAUUAAAGGCUGGUUUGUCGCUCAGAGAGAGGCUGCAGAUCGCCCUGGAUGUGGUGGAGGGGAUCCGGUUCCUGCACAGCCAGGGCCUCGUGCACAGAGACAUUAAACUAAAAAAUGUUCUGUUGGACAAACAGAAUCGUGCAAAGAUCACUGAUCUGGGUUUUUGCAAACCAGAGGCCAUGAUGUCCGGCAGCAUCGUUGGGACUCCCAUCCACAUGGCUCCAGAGCUCUUCACAGGAAAGUACGAUAACUCGGUGGACGUGUACGCCUUCGGGAUCUUGUUCUGGUAUCUCUGCACUGGUUCAGUGAAACUCCCAGAAGCCUUUGAGAAAUGCUCCAGUAAGGACCAUCUGUGGAACAACGUCAAGAAAGGCUCCAGACCGGAGCGGGUUCCCACUUUUGACGAAGAGUGCUGGCAGCUGAUGGAGGCUUGCUGGAACGGGGACCCUUCCCUCAGACCGCUGCUCGGCAUCGUGCAGCCCAGCCUGCAAAGCAUCAUGCAUCGACUCUGCGACUGCAGCUCAGAGCAGAAAAGCAGCAGCCUGGAGGACUCAAACUGAAAACACUCCAGACAGAAACCUGAUUUUUGUUGUAUUUAUGAGAAGCAGAGCUGAACGGACCAAUGAAAAGUCACCUCACCGGUGGUGGAUUUGCAUUAUUUAUGAGGAGCUGAUGGAAACCAAGAGUAUGCAAACGUGUGUGUUUUAUUGUUCGUGUAUUUGUAUACAAACUCCACACUAUGCUUUUCUCAUUGUAGCUACAGUGCUAAUUGCUACUUCAACAUUGAAAUGCUACUAGAUGCAAAUUGUUUUAAAAAGUAGUUUGUUCCCAGUAUUACAAAAAAUAUGUGUAAGAUUAAUUUUAGAUUGUAUUUAAACUGUCUGCAUCUAUUCAAAAACAUCUUUUUUAAAAUAAAAUGAGCUGUUACAACAAAA